CGUUCAAGGUCAUGCUCAAACAGGCUCUGAGCAACCUGAUCUAGCUGUAGAAGUCCCUGUUCACUGCAGGAGAGUUGGCUAGAUGACCUUUCAGGGUCCCCCUUCCAACUCAAAUGAUUCCAUGAUUCUAUGAUAGUGCAUGAUGGCAUCCCAGGGAAAUACAUUUAUUAAGUAAAUUCCAGAAGAAAAUGCAUCCUGUGUGUAUUAAGGCGUCUACCUGCGUGAGUUAUUUUCCCCAGGGAAUACUGGCAUAUGGUCAGGCUACGCAGGAAGAAGCCAAACUAGAGGCCAGGAGAGAGGGACUCAAACAUGCAGACCAAGAGAAGAGUAUCAGCUAGAAUACUUUGCACUGCCUCUUGCUACUCACAACUAUGUUUGAGUGGUGAACAGAAAUACGACUAGGUGAAGUUUCUCAGACUCUCUCAUCUUUACCAGCCCUCACAUGAAUUCCAUCUGGCUCCAGAAUGCCAGACGCCUUUCUGAAACAGGUGGCGUUGAUCUCAGCCUCCACCCUCCAUGCUCAUUCCACCUCAUUUUAACACCAGUUGUCCAUGAAGAACAGGCCAAAUGAGUUUCUCCCUCAAGAGCAAUGGUGCACAAGAAUUUCUGCCCAGGGUCCCAGAAGCCUGAAUUCUGCGUCACAACAAGAGGACCUGAAGCUGUUGUCCAGCGUGCCUUGUGAUCUGCUGGAGAAAAGAAACUGGGUCCAGAUUCCAGAUGUGCCUCUCACAACGGGGUAGAAGACAAGCUGGUGAAAACUUGUGGCUAAAAUGUACAAACACUGGGAAGGAUCCAGGGUUGACUUAUGGCAGCCCACCGACUGCAAGAUGAAACCGUCACUGAGCAGGCAGUGGAAAAUCAUGUCAAGAAAGAGACGCGCCAGCAGACACAGUAUAGGGAACGGAAAGGACAGAGGCACUGUGGCAAACCUGGAUGCGAUUCCUGGGGUUGGAGCGCUGCAGGUGACAGUGCCCACUGUGACGUCCCUGACAAUGAUGUCCCCGCAUCAGGGAUAGUGACAUACGCAGCAGUGGAUUGUGACCUUUUGGCCCUCACUGCUUGUAGCCAGGCCCGGAGUCUCACACUGGCUUGCGCCUGCACUCCUGCCGAGCGUGUCUGUGAGGUCUGGAGCAAGCAGCAAGGAUAGCCUUGGUGCUGGUCUCGUGCUCUGGGAGCUGCUGACAGCCGCUCUCAGUGCUCGUCCUCAGAGCCACUGAAGUUUCUUCCCGGCCCCACCUGGCUCAGGCAGCCGGGGCAUCCAAGGAGGCCGCGGAAGCAAAGGGAACCGCGUGACCCCUGCUGCUGCAGUAGGGGUGUGAGGAGCAGCCCCUCAUCCCUUGCGCUCUCCUGCCCACCACAGCAGCUGGAGAGCAUGGCCACCGAGCUGGAUCGCCGCUGCCCUAUUUGCCUGGACUCCAUGGAUGAUGCCAGCCACGUCAUGCCAUGCCUGCACCAGUUCUGCUUUGGCUGCAUCCGUCGGUGGGUUGAGACCAGGCCCAAGUGCCCCCUGUGCAAGCGCAGGGUGAGGUCCAUCUUGCACUCGGUGCGUGCGGAUGACAGCUUUGAAGAGUUUGUCGUCGGACGGCGCGUGCGGGCCAGGAGAGCUCCCCAGCACCAAAUGCAGGCAGCGCCCAUCCGGGUGCCCAUCUUCCGCCUGCACCCACCUGUGCUCAGGCCCCUGCUGCCCUGGCUGCGACGGGAGCUGAGGCAGCUCUUUGGGGCUGAUGGCAGGGCAGCCUUCCUAACACAUCACCUUGUCAUCUCUGGCCUGUGCUUAUUUGGCCUGGACAAGGGAGCGCUGACCCUGUGGUUGUCCAGCUCCCUGCAAAGCCAGGCCACCAGCUUUGUGUGGCGGCUCAUUGCCCAAGCUGCCCCUCCAUGCUGCCACGGGGCAGGGGGGCAGCCCCGCAGCUGCCCCCCCCAGCACAAAUUCCCCACCCCAGCCCAUGGCCCUCCAGCAGCACCAGGGAAGCCAGCAUGGUGGAGUUUCCUGUCCCCUCAACCGCUGCCUACAGGGAGGGUCCCAGACAGCCCCCAUCCAUCCCAGCUCCGGUGCUGUCGGCCCAAGCAGCAGCCCGGGAGGAGCUGGAGGAGGCCGUGCCAGGUCCCUCAACUGCCAGCACCUUCAGGCAGCACUCACACAGGGCACCUCAGCAAGCCCCAAAGAGAAGGGCCCACACCUCGGAGGCCGCUGCACCGCCAAGAGGCCACCCCACCAGCAACACUAGGACACCUCCUGAGCAGCUGGCGAGAAGAGGGCCGGGCCUGCAGCUGGGGCACAGCCAGCCCCCCGGCGCUCUAACUCUGUCAGACGGAGGAAAGCAAUACAAUUACAGAAAAGUCUCCGUGUCGCUAUCAAUGCCUUCAUCAGCACUGCGCAUGGGGGAGGUCUGACCUCUGCUGGGCCUGGAAGCUUCCCAUGCUGAGGAUGAGCUCUGAAAUAUCUGUAGGGCUUCACCAGUGCAGAAGCUGUUAUAAAUCCCUUAAUAUGCACUGUUCACCACCUCUUUUAGCUCACAGACGCUGGCUUGGAGCAAAUAGAACAGGCAGCUUCUCUCCAUGAGGGAUCUGAGAAGAAAGACAGAGCUAUGAACUUUGAGGGACUCACACCUGAAAUACAGUGUCACCUUCAGCAACU